AUGGACAUCCUGAAGGCCCAUUUUGACGACAGGGUCUUGAUGAAGCAUAUCCUCUACACGAAGCUCGCACAACUGCCUCCGUGCGAUUCAGAGGGACGUAAUCUCCAAAUAUUCUAUAACCGCAUGUUUUCUCUCGUUAGGCAAUUCACAAACGACGAACACGAUUCAAGGGAAACGGCAUUAGGAGCCAUUCUCCUCAACAAACUGCCUGCACGCGUCUGGAGCAAAAUAUAUGACAGAACGUCUAACAGUCACAACCUCUCACCCAGUCAGCUCCUACGAGUCCUUACGGACAUAGUGCGCAAGGACACGACCUUUUUCGAAAUGGAAUAUCAUUCCCGACAGAACUCUGCUCCACAAAACCAAUACCAUGGCUUCCAUGUGAUUUCGAGGACAAGGACCCAACGGACAAUGCGAACACCACCUUCAAAGGUCAGAUCGAAGACGUGUCCUCUUUGUAAGCGCAAUAACCACGCUCCUAUCGAAUGUGAUGUCUUUCCAACUGCCCAACAACGAAAUAAGCAAGCACGGGAGCAGCACCUUUGCUACAACUGCUUAUCGGAACGACAUUCUACUAAGGAGUGCCCUUCGAAACGCUCCUGCAAAUUCUGCAUGAAACGUCAUCACUCAUCGCUAUGCUUCACACAACGUCAGCUACGACAACAGAAUGCGAGAGCAGCACCGACAAAAAACAAAGAGGGACACGCGACCGCGACACAACCUUUUCGGAUGCGUCGAAACUUCGUCAAUGUCGCAGAAACAAAUACAGAAGACUUCAUUCCGAAAACUCGUCCGGAUGAAAACAAUACGACUGCUAUGACGUGCACAUCUGUGUCUCCAACUGCUCACGGACUCUCUUCCUCACAAGGCAUUCUCAUGUGCACUAUGGUCAAGGUAUUCAAUCCUUUGGACAUGUCAAAAGAAACCACGGCGUUAGCAUUUCUAGACUCAGGAUCAAGCCACUCUUACAUUACCGAUGAACUAGCAAAGGUCCUGCAUCUCCCAGGCCAUACACAAGAAGACAUCUCUGUAUCGACCUUCGGAACAACAAUUCCUCUCCAUCUCCAAUCCAAUAGCCACGUCAUUGGCAUUUGUACAGAGAAUGGACAAAGGCAGCUCGAAGUGAAGUCGCUGCCAACUCUUACAGGAAAUUUAAGACAUGUCCACCUUCCUGAAGACACGAACAAUGGAGAAUUCACUGUCUCAUCCUGCAAGCCAUCUGUGCUAAUCGGAAAUGACUAUUUUUGGGAUAUGAUCCUAUCAGAGAACUUCCACUACGAGAAACUUUUAAAUGGUUGCCGCUUGCUUCACACCAACCUCGGCAAAGUGACCACCGGUAAAUUCUUCAGUCUUAGAGAUGCUAAUACUUGUACUUAUCUUAGCGACGACAACGACAUAGCCAAUCCCAUCCAUCAUGACGUCUUCUCGCAGCUCGUGAGUAACUUCUGGAAAUUGGAAUCCGUUGGAAUAAUGGAUGACCCAAGUCAACAGGAUAAUGAUGUAUGUCUCCAAUUUUUCAACGAUAACAUCUCAUUUGACAGUGAAAGACAACGAUACAUUGUCAAGUUGCCAUUCAAGUCCGAUCCUUCUGAACUCUCGGACAACUUCCCUCUAGCUUUCUCAAGACUCUCCAGCCUCGUGAGAUCAUUGAAGCGGAACCCAUCUUACAUGAAGACGUACCAUAACGUGAUUAUGGAACAACUUCAAAAAGGAAUUAUAGAAGAAGUACCUAUGGACGAAAUGCAGAAGCCUUCCCAUUAUUUGUCGCAUCACGGUGUGAUUAAAAAGGAGAAUAACAACGUUAAAAUGCGAUGCGUUUUUGAUGGCUCAGCGAAGAUGAAAGGCAGCCCAAGCAUAAACGAAGUACUGUAUCGUGGACCCGUACUUCUGCCUGAUCUCGCAGGUAUUUUAAUUCGUUCACGAUUCCAUGAAAUCUUGGUGACAAGUGACAUCGAAAAGGCGUUUUUGAUGGUCGGACUUCAUCCUGACUGCAGAGACUUCACAUGCUUCCUAUGGCUGCAUGACAUUUCAAAACCAGUAACGUCAACUAAUCUGAAGACCUACAGGUUCACGUCCUCUUCGGGCUCAUCUGCUCACCGUUUCUGCUAG